AGUGCCACCUGCGGCCGCAGUUUCACUUUCGGUUUCACCCGGGUGGUCCGCGGAGGCAAGCUAGUGGCGCUGCUGGAGAGGAGGUUUGGAUCCCGGCCACCAGAUUUUUGAUCAGGAUUGUUACAAUGAGUCUACGGAAACAAACCCCGAGUGACUUCUUAAAGCAAAUCAUUGGACGACCAGUUGUGGUAAAAUUGAAUUCUGGAGUGGAUUAUCGAGGGGUCCUGGCUUGCCUGGAUGGCUACAUGAAUAUAGCCUUGGAGCAGACGGAAGAAUAUGUAAAUGGACAGCUGAAGAAUAAGUACGGGGAUGCAUUUAUCCGUGGAAACAAUGUAUUGUAUAUAAGUACACAGAAGAGAAGGAUGUGAAGACACCAGGAGUAUAAUACUUUUCAUACUGGGGUAUAUU